GAGCCCAGCGGGGCCCUGCUGGGACGCAGCCAGCUCUGGGGUGGAGGCACCCGCGGCUCCCUGAGCGCACGCGGCGGAGCGGGGGGUAAAUCCGGGCCCAGCGCCUGCCUGCAGGAGGCGGGUCCGGGCAGUGCCCGGGGGGCUCCCCCCCUCCCCCAGGCCCAUUGCAGCGAGUUAAGCGGCUCUGACGCGGCUGGGUCCGACUCCGCGAAACCUCCCCCGGCCCCGGCCCGGGCCCGCCUCUUCCUGCCGGAGGAGCCGCUGGGAGCGGCAGCUACAAAGCCGCAGCCGGAGCGGAUGGCGGGGCCCAGGCCCGAGGCCACGGCGAUGGGCGCAGGAGGCUCCGCUCAGGUGCCGGUGGCGUUCGAGGACGUCGCGGUCUAUUUCUCCCCGGAGGAGUGGGCGGCGUUGGCCAAAUGGCAGAGGGAGCUGUACCGGGACGUGAUGAAGGAGAAUUACGAGCUGGUGGCUUCGUUGGGGCAUCCUGCUGUCAAACCUGAGAUCAUCUGCCAGAUGGAGCGAGGGGAAGAGCCGUGUGUGGGGAAUCCCUGGGGCUGGAAAGACAGAAGCACAGCCCAGAACUCCUGCUCAGAUGGUGAGAUGAAGGAUGACGAUGAGGAAGGUACUAGAACCCUGGAUCUUCCCAAGACAUCCCCAGGACAGACUGGAGGGGACCUCCACCAGCACUCAAGGAAAAAGCAAAGAUGCAAGAGUCAGAGCAAAUCACAAAAGCAGCAGAGAAAUGUCAUGCAAGAAAAACUCCUGCCCCUCCCCAGGCCCCAGAAAACACUGCUCCAGGGACAGGAUGCAGAGCAGAGACAUGGAGACAGGCAGCAGGAUCAGACACACCCGGCUGCCCAGCAGGGAGAGCCCACAGGGAGGAAACCAUUCACAUGCCCUGAAUGCGGAAGGAGCUGGGCGACGAAGGGCACGCUCAAAAUACACCAGCGAGUGCACACGGGGGAGGGGCUGUUUCCCUGCAGCCAGUGCGGGAAAAGCUUCACCGCCAAGGCCACCCUCAAAAUGCACCAGCGGAUCCACACGGGGGAGCGGCCCUUCGUGUGCACCGAGUGCGGCCAGGGCUUCACCGCCAAGGCCACCCUCAAAAUGCACCAGCGCCUGCACCGCGGGGAGCAGCCCUUCGUGUGCACCGAGUGCGGCCAGGGCUUCACCGCCAAGGCCACCCUCAAAAUGCACCAGCGGAUCCACACGGGGGAGCGGCCCUUCACGUGCACCGAGUGUGGAAAGGGCUUCACCACCAAGGCCACCCUCAAAAUGCACCAGUGCCUGCACCGCGGGGAGCAGCCCUUCGUGUGCACCGAGUGCGGCCAGGGCUUCACCGCCAAGGCCACCCUCAAAAUGCACCAGCGCCUGCACCGCGGGGAGCAGCCCUUCGUGUGCACUGAGUGCGGCCAGGGCUUCACCGCCAAGGCCACCCUCAAAAUGCACCAGCGCCUGCACUGCGGGGAGCGGCCCUUCGUGUGCACCGAGUGCGGCCAGGGCUUCGUUCAGAACGAAUUUCUGAAAGUGCACAAGAGGCUGCACACGGGAGAACAUCCAUUCCCCUGCCCCGAAUGCGGGAAGCGCUUCAUCAGCAAGGCUGUUCUGAAGGUGCAUCGCAGGACACACGGCAGGGAGCGGCUGUUCCUGUGCACUGAGUGUGGGAAACGUUUCACCAGGAAAGACAUCCUCAAACUGCACCAGAGGGUGCACACGGGGGAGCGGCCUUUCCAGUGUGCAGAGUGUGGGAAGAGCUUCACUCAGAAGGUGAAUCUCCUGACGCACCAGCGGCGCCACACGGGGGAGCGCCCGUUCGCCUGCUCUCAGUGCGGGAAGAGCUUUGCCCAGAAGGCCACACUCAAUACGCACCAGAAAAGCCACGUGCGUGAGUGGCGCUUUGCAUGUGCUGAAUGCAAGGACAGAUUUGUCUCCAACAGGGACCUCACGAUGCACCAGAGGAUCCACACCAGGGAGCGCUCAUACAUGUGCAGCCAGUGUGGGAAAUGCUUCACGCAGCCAGGAAACCUCCUGACGCACCAGCGAGUGCACACGGGGGAGCGGCCGUUCACCUGCACCCAGUGCGAGAAAAGCUUCACCACCAACGGCAACCUCAAAAUGCACCAGCGGAUCCACACGGGGGAGCGGCCCUUCACGUGCACCGAGUGUGGAAAGGGCUUCACCGCCAAGGCCACCCUCAAAAUGCACCAGUGCCUGCACCGCGGGGAGCGGCCCUUCGUGUGCACCGAGUGCGGCCAGGGCUUCACCGCCAAGGCCACCCUCAAAAUGCACCAGCGCCUGCACCGCGGGGAGCAGCCCUUCGUGUGCACUGAGUGCGGCCAGGGCUUCACCGCCAAGGCCACCCUCAAAAUGCACCAGCGCCUGCACCGCGGGGAGCAGCCCUUCGUGUGCACCGAGUGCGGCCAGGGCUUCACCGCCAAGGCCACCCUCAAAAUGCACCAGCGCCUGCACUGCGGGGAGCGGCCCUUUGUGUGCACCGAGUGCGGCCAGGGCUUCGUUCAGAACGAAUUUCUGAAAGUGCACAGGAGGCUGCACACGGGAGAACAUCCGUUCCCCUGCCCCGAAUGCGGGAAGCGCUUCAUCAGCAAGGCUGUUCUGAAGGUGCAUGGCAGGGUGCAUGGCAGGGAGCGGCCGUUUCUGUGCACUGAGUGUGGGAAAUGUUUCACCAGGAAAGACAACCUCAAACUGCACCAGAGGGUGCACACGGGGGAGCGGCCUUUCCAGUGUGCAGAGUGUGGGAAGAGCUUCACUCAGAAGGUGAAUCUCCUGACACACCAGCGGCGCCACACAGGGGAGCGCCCGUUCGCCUGCUCUCAGUGCGGGAAGAGCUUCGCCAAGAAGGGCACGCUCAGCAUGCACCAGAAAAGCCACGUGCGUGAGAGGCGCUUUGCAUGUGCUGAAUGCAAGGAGAGCUUUGUCUCCAACAGGGACCUCACGAUGCACCAGAGGAUCCACACCAGGGAGCGCUCAUACAUGUGCAGCCAGUGUGGGAAAUGCUUCACGCAGCCAGGAAACCUCCUGACGCACCAGCGAGUGCACACGGGGGAGCGGCCGUUCACCUGCACCCAGUGCGAGAAAAGCUUCACCACCAACGGCAACCUCAAAAUGCACCAGCGGAUCCACACGGGGGAGCGGCCCUUCACGUGCACCGAGUGUGGAAGGGGCUUCACUGUCAAGGGGACGCUGCAAAAGCACCAGAGAGUCCACACGAGGUGGAAGCAGCUCGCGUGUGCCAGCCCGAAUCUGGAAGGGCUUUCCCAGCCUCUACUCCAGCAAGCCUCCCACUGACGCAGGGAUCAGACCCAGGGUCCCGCCAGCCCAGCUGCUCUGACAGUGAGCAGCACCAGAUGCAUCGGAGGAAGGUGUAAGAAUUGCACACUAGGCAAAUGUAGGAUAAUCUGCCCCCCUACUCCUGGCCAAUAGUAGGUCUCCUCCUAAUCAUUAGAAAGUUGCUUAAACCCUAAAGUACAAGGUUUAAUAUCCCUUCAAAAUAUCUGUUAGCAUUAAUUAUAACUCUGGAGAUCUUUGUUCAAUAAAUGUUUUUAACCUUUUCUAAA